GAUGGUGGGCGAUGUGGCUGGAAGUAAGGGGACAAGCUGGAGUGUCCCGGCUGGAGCCGAGCUGCGCGGGGAAGUGCCUGCUUGCCGCAGCUUCCCCAGGCCUGGCCUCCCCUUAAGUGUGGAGUCGGCCACAUAGUCCAAGCAGGAUUUUUGCUUAACACAGAGCAAACUGUGGCAGCAAGGAGGGUUGAGGACAGAGCUUUCCGUCUCCUAACUUCUUGUCGGGACAGUGUGAGAAAGGGGUGAGCCAGUGCCGGCACCUGUGGAGGAAGAGGGGCGAGGGAAAGAGCGAGGUUAGGGAGAAGCCCCGGAGAGGCUGGAGUUGGGGAGAAGUGUGAGGAGGAGCGGGAGAACAAUGACACACCAACUCCUGCGCCGCCUGUUUCCUGAAAUACUAGCAGGACAGUCGCCCUAAACCACCCACUAUGCCCUGCCCCACCCCACCACCUUAGCGGCUCCUCGCGCCCCUUCCUCAACGGAGCGGCCCGCACCAAAAAGUAAAUCAAUAUUAAGUUUCAAGAAGAAAAAAAUCGUAGUCUUAGUGCUGUUUACCCACUUCCUUCGAAAAGGCGUGUGGUGUGACCUGUUGCUGCGAGAGGGGAUACAAAGGUUUCUCAGUGGCUGGCUGGCAGGCAGGCUGUGGGAGCCGCCUCCCCCUCCCUCCUUCCCCCUCCUCCCCCUACCUCCCCCGCGCGGCCUGCGGCGCGGCAGGCCCCGCCCCCUUUCAUGCAAAACCCGGCGGCGAGGCUGGGCUCGAGUGGAGGAGCCGCCGCGCGCUGAUUGGUCGCUGGAAACCCAUUUAUUCCCUGACAGCCCCCAUCACAUGGAUGGUUGUCUAUUAACUUGUUCAAAAAAGUAUCAGGAGUUGUCAAGGCAGAGAAGAGAGUGUUUGCAAAAGGGGGAAAGUAGUUUGCUGCCUCUUUAAGACUAGGACUGAGAGAAAGAAGAGGAGAGAGAAAGAAAGGGAGAGAAGUUUGAGCCCCAGGCUUAAGCCUUUCCAAAAAAUAAUAAUAACAAUCAUCGGCGGCGGCAGGAUCGGCCAGAAGAGGAGGGAAGCGCUUUUUUUGAUCCUGAUUCCAGUUUGCUUCUCUCUCUCCUUUCUUCCCCCAAAUUAUUCUUCGCCUGAUUUUUCUCGUGGAGCCCUGCGCUCCCGACACCCCCGCCCGCCUCCCCUCCUCCUCUCCCCCCGCCCGCGGGCCCCCCAAAGUCCCGGCCGGGCCGAGGGUCGGCGGCCGCCGGCGGGCCGGGCCCGCGCACAGCGCCCGCAUGUACAACAUGAUGGAGACGGAGCUGAAGCCGCCGGGCCCGCAGCAAACUUCGGGGGGCGGCGGCGGCGGCGGCGGCGGCAACUCCACCGCGGCGGCGGCGGGCGGCAACCAGAAGAACAGCCCGGACCGCGUCAAGCGGCCCAUGAACGCCUUCAUGGUGUGGUCCCGCGGGCAGCGGCGCAAGAUGGCCCAGGAGAACCCCAAGAUGCACAACUCGGAGAUCAGCAAGCGCCUGGGCGCCGAGUGGAAACUUUUGUCGGAGACGGAGAAGCGGCCGUUCAUCGACGAGGCCAAGCGGCUGCGAGCGCUGCACAUGAAGGAGCACCCGGAUUAUAAAUACCGGCCCCGGCGGAAAACCAAGACGCUCAUGAAGAAGGAUAAGUACACGCUGCCCGGCGGGCUGCUGGCCCCGGGCGGCAACAGCAUGGCGAGCGGGGUCGGGGUGGGCGCCGGCCUCGGCGCGGGCGUGAACCAGCGCAUGGACAGCUACGCGCACAUGAACGGCUGGAGCAACGGCAGCUACAGCAUGAUGCAGGACCAACUGGGCUACCCGCAGCACCCGGGCCUCAACGCACACGGCGCCGCGCAGAUGCAGCCCAUGCACCGCUACGACGUAAGCGCACUGCAGUACAACUCCAUGACCAGCUCGCAGACCUACAUGAACGGCUCGCCCACCUACAGCAUGUCCUACUCGCAGCAGGGCACCCCAGGCAUGGCGCUUGGCUCCAUGGGCUCGGUGGUCAAGUCCGAGGCCAGCUCCAGCCCCCCUGUGGUUACCUCUUCCUCCCACUCCAGGGCGCCCUGCCAGGCCGGGGACCUCCGGGACAUGAUCAGCAUGUACCUCCCCGGCGCCGAGGUGCCGGAGCCCGCCGCCCCCAGCAGACUUCACAUGUCCCAGCACUACCAGAGCGGCCCGGUGCCCGGCACGGCCAUUAACGGCACACUGCCCCUCUCGCACAUGUGAGGGCCGGACAGUGAACUAGAAGGGGGGGAGAAAUUUUCAAAGAAAAACGAGAGAAAUUGGGAGGAGAGUAAGGAACAGCAUGGAGAAAAACCCGGUACGCUCAAAAAAAAAAAAAAAAAAAAAAUCAUCACCCGCAGCAAAUGACAGCUGCAAAAGAGAACACCAAUCCCAUCCACACUCACGCAAAAACCGCAAUGCCGACGAGAAAACUUUUAUGAGAGAUCCUGGACUUCUUUUUGGGGGACUAUUUUUGUACAGAGAAAACCAGGGGGGGUGGGGCGGGCGAGGGAAUGGACCUUGUAUAGAUCUGGAGGAAAGAAAACUACGCAAAACUUUUUAAAAGUUCUAGUGAUACGGUAGGAGCUUUGCAGAAAGUUUGCAAAAGUCUUUACCAAUAAUAUUUAGAGCUAGUCUCCAAGCGACGAAAAAAAUGUUUUAAUAUUUGCAAGCAACUUUUGUACAGUAUUUAUGGAGAUAAACAUGGCAAUCAAAAUGUCCAUUGUUUAUAAGCUGAGAAUUUGCCAAUAUUUUUCAAGGAGAGGCUUCUUGCUGAAUUUUGAUUCUGCAGCUGAAAUUUAGGACAGUUGCAAACGUGGAAAGAAGAAAAAUAUUCAGAUUUGGACAUUUUAAUUGUUUAAAAAUUGUACAAAAGGAAAAAUUAGAAUAAGUACUGGCAAACCAUUUCCGUGGUCUUCUUUAAAGGGGAAAAAGUUUUAGAUUGUACUAAAUUUUUUUUCAACUUACUGUUAAAAGCAAAAAUGGCCAUACAGGUUGACAUCGUUGGUAAUUUAUAAUAGCUUUUGUUUCCCAACUUUCCAUUUUGUUCAGAUAAAAAAAAAAAACAUGAAAUUACUGUGUUUGAAAUAUUUUCUUAUGGUUUGUAAUAUUUCUGUAAAUUUAUUGUGAUAUUUUAAGGUUCCCCCCCUCCUUUAUUUUCCGUAGUUGUAUUUUAAAGAUUCGGCUCUGUAUUAUUUGAAUCAGUCUGCCGAGAAUCCAUGUAUAUAUUUGAACUAAUACCAUCCUUAUAACAGGUACAUUUUCAACUUAAGUUUUUACUCCAUUAUGCACAGUUUGAGAUAAAUAAAUUUUUGAAAUAUGGACACUGAAA